ACUUAAGAAAGCCAGGCAGAGGGAGAAGGAAGAGUUGAGGGGAGGGGGGAAAGAGUUGGUUUGGAAUCCAGGGAAUACACUCCCUUCCCAGUCAUUGGGUUGCCAUGAUGGAGCCCUGGAUGCUUCUUUCCCUCCUUUUAAUCAUGCCCAGCAAGCCACAAGGGACAGGGCCCAGGAUCAUCAUGAAUCUGAAGUUGCAGGAUUCUCUUCCCGGGAACCCCUCACAAGUCCCCCAUUUCCAGGAGUUUCUGGAGAAGGUUUGUCACCUCCUGAACAACCCAUUAGGGACCAAUAUCACCCUCCGAAGCCCAAGGUCACCUCAUCAUGUCACCUGCUAAAGCAGAUGAUGGCAGCAGUGAUACCUAUCACCAUACCCUAAACUUCUCCUCCCCUCAGAAGUCCAAACACCCAAAUGAUGGAGUUAAGGGCUAAUGUUUUGACUCGACUUCACAGUCACCAGUCCUGCUGGAUGUCUUAAUAAAGAUAUGGAUAUUGACUUGA